AUGAAGAGUUCAGUGCAUCGAGCCAGCCACAGCUCACGACAUGUAUGGAGCUUCUCAGGUUCACAAAGCAAAAGAAACUCCAACCAGGCUAGAGACAGCAACAUUAAGGAAAAGGGCGACAACCAAGAACCCAAGAAAACAGCAAGGGUGUUGGAUGACGAUGGCAGUGACGUCACUCCUCCGACUCUGUACCAUGCAGAGCCAGAUGACACAAAUCCCAACCCAGGCAGGUUCUUUCUGGAUGAAAUAUUUUCCAGCACGGGAUCAGACCACUUGAAAUCCAUGUCAAGCUUCUCUGUAGCGUCUCACAGAUUUUCUUUUUGUGUCAUUAUAUUUUGUUCUCUGCCAGAAGUAAAGAGAAAAAAAGACAAAGACAAAGAACAUCUAACAGAAGAAAUGCUGGAUGAGAUGGUGCAGAUCUGCCUCUCUGAGACGGACACCAUUUCACUGCUGGAUAUGCCCAAUAAUUUGGUGUCAGAGGAUGCGGAUAAUGCAGAUAUUCUUAAGAAGAGCAACAUUGAUUAUGUUGAGCUCUGCAAGAACAGAAUGGGCAAUGAUAAGUAUGUAAGGCGAUCAAUGCAGACGUUCAAUGGAGCACCGAAACACAAAGCGAUCCAGAGUGACAAGAUUGUCAUGGUGGAUGCAGGCAUUAUGGCUACUGUCUGGGAUAUCUACGACUCUUUUUCUAAACAAAGUACAACCGUUGAAACUGGGAAGAUUGACUUUCCAGAGAGCACUGUGAAGACGAGCAAAUGUCCAGAAAGCAGCAGCAGCAGCACAGUCGGCACAGGCAGUACCAGUAGCUCCAUGUUAGAAAUGGAGAUGUGCGGGACCGGUUUAAAUGCAGAGCCCGACCCACUGGAGAUCAUGUUGUCCGAGCCGUUCCAGCACAGCUUAUUAGUAAUGGAGCGGAGCAUCCUGGCAAACGUCUUUCAACCCAGACUGGCUGCUUUUAGACAGCUGCCCGUUCUUACAGACCCUGACUACACAGUGGAGCCUGAGCCUGAGGCCGAGGAGCAGGACGAGGAGGAUGAGGAGAGCUCUCCAACUCCAGCUCUGGAACAUCUCUGGGUUUUUAGCUGUGAGCUCACCAAAGGACGCAACAUUACCAGCAUGGCCUGGAACAAGGAGAACCCGGACUUACUGGCCGUGGGCUAUGGUGACUUUGACUCCAGUACUCAGAAACGUGGCCUGAUCUGCUGCUGGUCUCUCAAAAACCUUACAUGGCCGGAGCGUGUUUUCCACUGUCACAGUAGUGUCACAUCUCUGGAUUUCUCAGCCAACAACCCGGACCAGCUGGCAGUGGGGAUGUAUGAUGGUACCGUAGCCAUCUACAGCGUCCACUGUCAAGAAAACAAGGCAUGUGUCGCCACCAGCAGUGAGUGUCCCAAAAAGCACAUGCAUCCAGUGUGGCAGGUCAACUGGACUAAACAAGAGAUGAGAUUAUCAGGGGAGGACAGAGUAGAAUCUCUCGUCUCUGUGUCAGCAGAUGGCAGGAUUACCAAGUGGCUCCUCCACAGCAAUGGCCUCGACUGCAUAGACCUGAUGAAGCUGAAAAGGACUCAAGACAAGAAGAAGAAAGCUGCAGCGGGCAAGAAGAAGGCAAACAGCGUGUUGUCAGCGAUGACUCCUGGUCUGUGUGUCGACUUCCAUCCAACAGACUCCAGCUUCUAUUUGGCGGGCACAUGGGAGGGCCUCAUCCAUAAGUGCUCUUUUUCCAACAGUCAGCAUUUCCUGGACACUUAUCGGAAGCACUUUUGUCCUGUGAACCGCAUUGAAUGGUCUCCAUUCUGUCCUGGUGUGUUCCUGAGCUGCUCAUCAGACUGGACCAUCCAGCUGUGGAAGCAGGACUGCUUUACCCCCGUGUUGGGCUUCACCUCCACCCAGAGGGCAGUGUACACUGUCAGAUGGUCCCCAAACUGGCCCACAGUGUUUGCUUCCAUUAAUGGACAACAGGUGGAGAUCUGGGACCUGAACUCAAGCAUCGUGGACUCAGUCAUUGUGCACCAUGCUGCACCUGGUGUGAAUAUGACCUCGCUGCUGUUUGCCAGAGGGACAGACUGCGUCUUGGUUGGGGACAGUGAUGGACAAGUGACUUUCUACGGAAUCAAAAACUUAAAUAUGGGAGAGGGCAAGCAGGUCGACAGUUUGGAAGACAUCAUUCGCUCUGCAAUAUCCAGGUAG